CUUGGUAUGUGCCAUGUCUAGCUUCACUUGAGACUCUCCAAGAAUUAUGUAGGAAGGAAAAUCUCAGAUGUAAAUCCAUUGGAAUCUUCAACAGGAAUCUAAAGAGUUAUGAGGUGGAAUAUUUGUGUGACUACAAGGUAGAAGAGGGCACAGAAUACUAUCUUGUGAAAUGGAAAGGAUGGCCAGAAUCUUCAAAUACUUGGGAGCCUCAGAAAAAUCUGAAAUGCCCAUUGCUUCUUCAAAACUUUCUUAGUGACAAGAAUGAAUACUUGUCUCGGGUGAGAGAAGGCAAAGCACUGAAAGUGAGAAACCAUGUUAAAGCUUUGAAACCUGCGGUUGCAGAUUACAUUGUAAAGAAGGCUAAGCAAAGAAUAGCUCUGCAGAGAUGGAAAGAAGAACUCAACAGGAAAAAGAAUCAUAAAGCAAUGAUUCUGGUAGAAAACACUGUGGAUCUUGAAGGCCCUCCUUUAGACUUCUACUACAUUAAUGAGUAUAAACCUGCUCCGGGAAUAAAUGUAAUAAAUGGAAUAACGACUGGCUGUGAGUGCGCUGACUGCCCCGCUGAGAAGUGCUGUCCAAAGGAGGCUGGUUUUAUUUUGGCUUACAAUAAACAAAAGAAGUUGAAAAUCCAGCCCGGCUUGCCCAUCUAUGAAUGCAAUUCAUUUUGUAGGUGUGGGCCUGACUGCCCUAAUAGGAUAGUACAGAAAGGUACACCGUAUUCUCUUUGCAUCUUCAGAACUAACAAUGGCCGUGGUUGGGGAGUAAAGACCCUCCAGAAAAUUAAAACCAACAGUUUUGUGAUGGAGUAUGUUGGAGAGGUGAUUACAAGUGAGGAAGCAGAGAGACGAGGCCAGCUCUAUGACAACCAGGGAAAUACAUACUUGUUUGAUUUGGACUAUGACUCAGAUGAAUUUACAGUAGAUGCAGCUCGAUAUGGAAAUGUGUCCCACUUUGUGAAUCACAGCUGUGAUCCAAAUCUUCAAGUCUUCAAUGUAUUUAUCGAUAACCUCGACUUGCGUCUUCCUCGAAUAGCGCUGUUUUCUACACGAACCAUCAAGGCUGGAGAAGAGCUAACUUUUGACUAUCAGAUGAAAGGUUCAAUAGAUCUGACGACAGACUCUGCUGAUGGUCUUAGCCCAUCCAGAAAGAGGAUCAGAACUGUCUGUAAAUGCGGAGCUGUGUGUUGCAGAGGCUAUCUCAACUGAGUUUGGGUAUCCAAAGUCACAAUUACUUUGUUCUCUUUGAAAUGUGUUUUAAGAAGACUCUUCUUUCACACAUGCAUUCAAGUAUUCUUACAGCUAAUGUAAAUAAGUACAGUGAAAACAAG